AUGUUUCCGCCGACGCGCAUUCGAAGCUGCCUUCCAGUCAUAAACCCGAUGUUCAGACGCCUAAAACCGCACAGGCCAUUCCGUCAGACGCUGCAUCAGACAAAGAGCGUUAACACGAAUAAUCUACAGAAAUCGAAAUGGACGAGCGUUCGCGCGAUAUUCACGAGAUGGGUGCCAUUAGGAAGUGUUAUGUAUGUAGGCUGGUGCUAUAUACGCGCCACAAUAAACUACGAAAUAUCCAAGGUGGAAAUCAAAUUCUACGAAAUGUUCCCCUUUCGUAUCACUAGUAGACUGUGGGGUAAAAUCGCAGCGUACGAGCUACCUGUGUCGAUUAGAGGUCUUGUCUACGGUACAUAUUGUAAGAUGUUUAAUGUAAAUUUAAACGAAGCAGCUAUAUCAGACCUCACAUACUACAAAAGCCUAUCAGCAUUUUUCACUAGAAGUCUCCGAGACGGUGCCAGGUUCAUAUCCCCAGCAGCCUGUGUGUCACCAUGUGACGGUGUAGUUCUAAAUUGUGGACCAGCUAAAACAGACAGAAUCGAGCAAGUUAAGGGUGUUACAUAUAGCUUGGAGGAGUUUUUGGGCGAGAACAAGUGGUCCAAGAAUGCUAAUAACUACUAUGACUCAUUACUGAAAGAUAAGAAGAACAUACUACACCAAUGUAUAAUAUAUUUAGCACCUGGUGAUUAUCACAGAUUUCAUUCGCCUUGUGAUUGGAUGUCUCUUUACAGGCGACAUUUUUCUGGAAAAUUACUAUCUGUUAAUCCGUGGAUGGCUAGUCUGAUACCAGGUUUAUUUACUAUGAAUGAGAGAGCUGUGUACAUCGGUGAAUGGAAACAUGGUUUCUUUAGUAUGACAGCUGUUGGUGCAACAAAUGUUGGUUCGAUUGAAAUAUACAAAGACCCAGAUCUAAGAACAAAUACAAAGGGCAAACGAAAUAGAGUAGAUGAAACAGUGAUGCAAAAGGUUCAAUUUACCAAGGGAGAGUUAUUUGGCCAGUUUAAUAUGGGAAGUACAAUUAUAUUGCUGUUUGAAGCCCCACCGGAUUUCAAAUUUGAUUUACAGAGUGGUGACAGAGUGUUAGUAGGCCAGGCAUUGACAGAAAUGAGUAAGGAGAGGAGCAGAUGA